AUGGGUAUUAUCUUGAUCGAUGCGCUCCGCCUGUUUGAUGACAUGUUGGAGUCAAUGUACCAAAUUGUUUUUCAGGGGAAGUUUAAGGCAAUGGUUUUCUGUUGGGUGCUUGGACUUGGGUCUCUUGUGGCUUGGAACAGUAUUCUGACCAUUGGAGAUUAUUACUAUAAAGUGUUCCCGUUGGACUUAGCCACGUCAGGGAAAAGGGGAAUUGGGCUUUAUUUCGGUAUAUGUCUGAUCGUUGCUUGUUUUGGAGUGGCCAAUGCUCAAGUUCAGGGUGGUAUGGUCGGCGAUCUGUCUUUCAUGUGUCCUCAAUUCAUGCAGUCGUAUUUCGCUGGUUCAGCUGCAUCAGGAGCACUAACAUCUGCUUUGAGGUUGAUGACAAAGGCAGCCUUUGACAAGACUCAUGACGGUCUUCGCAAGGGAGCUAUGUUGUUUCUGGCAAUCUCUACGUUCUUCGAGUUUAUAUGCAUCAUUCUGUAUGCUACUUGGUUCGCUAAGAUUCCAGUUGUGAAGUCCUGCCGCUCCAAGGCGGCCUUGGAAGGGUGUAAAUCUGUGUCGGCUGACCUUGCUGCUGCUGGAAUUCAAAGACAGGAUGAAGGCUCUAAAGAUGAUCGAUUGAACAACAAACAAUUGUUGUUUCAAAAUAUAGAUUAUGCCAUUGGUCUAUAUCUUACACAUGUUUUGACAUUGACAAUCUUCCCGGGCUUUCUCUAUGAGAACACCGGAACACACCAAUUGGGAUCAUGGUACUCGCUAGUUUUGAUUGCUAUUUACAAUGUAUGGGAUUUCAUAGCUCAGUACAUUCCCCUUAUCAGUUGGCUCAAGUUAGAGUCCCGAAAGGGCCUCAUGUUAGCGACUCUUGCCCGUUUCCUUUUUGUCCCUGCAUUCUAUUUCACAGCAAAGUAUGGUGAUCAGGGGUGGAUGAUAAUGCUCGUUUCUUUCUUGGGCUUGACCCAUGGUUAUCUUACUGUCUCUGUUAUGACAGUAGCACCCAAGGGCUACAAGGGACCAGAGCAAAAUACCUUGGGCAACUUGCUUGUGUUGUUUCUGUUGGUUGGGACAUUUUCGGGAGUCGCUCUUGGCUGGUUGUGGACGAUAGGCAACGGCAAAUUUUAGAGAGCCGUAUCGCUUUCAUGAGGAUGACUUUUGUUAGGGAAGGAAAUGAUCUCACUCGAGGUUCUUUCGAUUUGCAUAUAUUGAAAAGGACACAAUCAGUUGUUAGGCUAAGUACAAGUCACAUUUCCCUUUCUCUAUAUAUAAAUGCCCAUUAAUUUUGCAAGUAGAAUGCAAUGGUAUUUUAUUUGUAUUUAUCAAUUAUAGUAAAUGUUUCGGUACGGCGAAAAUGCUUUUACUUUCACACUCAAACCUCUGGGAGGAAAACCCUAUAGCUUCACUACAUUGAAGUAUUUAUCCUU